CCAUAAUAUUUCAGGCCAUUUUGAAAUUCUUCAUAACUUUUGGGGUCGAAAUGAAACUUUUCAUCAAGAUAUGACAUGGCGGCAUUGUGGCCGCUUAUUGGAGGAAUAUCAGAUAAGCCAACGUUGGCCUUGGCACCACCAGGACGGCCACCACCACAUCCUCUCAAACCCGACAUCCAGCGGACCAGCGCCAUUGUUGUUCUUCUGCAUAAUCCGUUUCUGAAUCAACAAUGGCUUCUUCUCCUUCUUUCUCGUUGGUUUCCUUCUCACAUGUUAACACUGAACCAUCUUUUAUUCUACUCUCAAGUCGACAAAAUCUAGUCCCACUAAGCCCUAAACGGCAAUGCCUUAGAGUUUUUCAUCGUCGAGGUCGCAAUAACAGCGUUAUCAGUGCUUCGGUGUCAAUUCCAGCGCAAGAGGUAUCGUCGUCGUCAUCGCAGCGCCAGCCCGAUGAACUUGCAGCCUCCAUUUUUUCGAAGGUUAUGCAAACAGAUCGAGGAGUUACAUUAACAAGGGAACAACACCUGCAAGUAGCUGAAUUGGCUGGUGAAUUGAGUAAAUAUUGUGUAGAUUCACCCGUCAAAUGCCCCUUGAUUUUUGGAGAUUGGGAUGUGGUGUAUUGUUCAAAUCCUACAUCACCUGGUGGGGGAUUUAGAAGUGGAUUGGGACGCCUUGUUUUUAAAACAAAUGAAAUGAUUCAAAUUGUUGAGGCUCCUGAUAUUGUGAGAAACAAAGUAUCUUUCUUGGCUCUUGGUUUCCUUGAUGGAGAAGUCUCCUUGAAAGGGAAAUUGAUAGUUCUAGAUGAGAAAUGGAUUAAGGUGGUGUUUGAGCCACCCGAACUUAAGAUAGGAUCAUUAGGGUUUCAAUUUGGUGGUGAGAGUGAAGUGCAACUCGAGAUUACUUAUAUUGAUGAUAAGUUGAGGUUAGGGAAGGGAUCUCGAGGCUCUUUGUUUGUUUUCCAAAGGAGAAAUCCCUAAACAACAUAAUCAUGUCUAAGCAUGCUUUAUUGUAUUGAACCAAUGCCAUUUUUGGCAUGAUUUUUGUAUGUUGUAUUUUAUGUGUAUAUAACUAUAUAAUAGUAAUAAUGUAAACAUUCAUCUUGUUUAAUUAUAUCUUUAUUUUCAAGUUG